AUGAGGUUAGCUGUUGCCGCCCUGCUUGCUUCGGGCCUUUGCAAUGGUCAGAGGUCGCAGUGCGAUGAGCAGCCUCAUUUGAAUUGGACUGCAGUGCGUGAGGACUUGGUGACCUACAGCACGCUCUCUGAACCUGUCAUGCGAAGCCGGCGCUGCUUUGGAGAUACUGGAAUAUGGUCCUAUUGCCGCGUGUCCGCACAGAUGUCCAGUUUUGGAUGUGAGACACCAUCAUGUGCCGAUGCUUGCCGUCCAAAUAGUGCUGAUAUGGCGUGA